AUGAGGGGGAUCAUACUUGCACUAGUGCUCACCCUUGUAGGUAGUCAAAAGUUUGACAUUGACCCUGGAUUCAGUAGCAAAAAGAGCUACUUGUACAGUUAUGAAGGCUGGGUGUUGAAUGGGCUUCAAGAAAAGAAUUUGGCCAAAGCCGGCGUGCGCCUGAGCUGCAAACUAGAGAUCAGCGGGCUGUCGGAGAACACCUACCUCCUCAAGAUCCGCUCCCCACAAUUCGAGGAAUACAAUGGCAUCUGGCCCAAGGACCCAUUCACUCGAUCUUCCAAAAUCACCCAGAUGGUUUCCUCAUGCCUUACCCGGCCCUUCAAGUUUGAAUACAGCAGUGGACGAGUUGGAAACAUUUAUGGCCCAGAAAACUGCCCUGAUACUUGCAUUAACAUAGUGAGAGGAAUACUGAACCUGAUACAGAUAACCAUUAAGAAGUCACAGAAUGUGUAUGAAUUGCAAGAGGCUGGGAUUGGAGGUGUUUGCCAUACAAGGUAUGUCAUCCAGGAAGACAAGAAGAACAACCGAGUCUCUGUUACCAAAACUGUAGACCAAAAUAAUUGCCAGGAAAAAGUGGUGAAAAGUCUUGGAAUGGCUUACAUCUAUCCCUGCCCUGUUGACAUAAUGAAGGAGAGGAUCAUCAAGGGCACUGCAGCUUUCUCCUACAAGCUGAAGCAGUCGGACAGUGGCACCCUGAUCACAGAGGUGGUGUCUCAGCAGGUGUAUCAGAUCUCACCCUUCAGUGAACCCACCGGCGUCGCUGUCACGGAAGCAAAACAACAACUCACCUUGCUGGAGGUGAAGAGUGAAUCGGGGAGCUCCCCAGACAUCUCCAUGCAGAGCUACGGAGGCCUUCGCUACCAGUUCCCAGCAGUACUGCCACAGAUGGCAGUGCAGCUCAUCAAGACCAAAAACCCUGAGCAACGGAUAAUUGAAACACUGCAACACAUAGUCCUGAACAACCAGCAAGAUUUCCAUGAUGAUCUUCCAUACCGUUUCCUGGAGCUCGUCCAGCUCUGCCGCACGGCAAGCGCUGACACCCUGGAGUCCAUCUGGAGGCAAUGUUCAGAUAAACCCCGCUACAGACGAUGGCUGCUGAGCGCAGUCUCUGCGACGGGCACCGCAGAAGCUCUGAAAUUCAUUAAGAGCCGAAUCCGCAGUGAUGACCUUAGCUACCUUCAGGCUCUUCUGAGUGUUCCCUUUGCUCUCCAUCUAACGAAAGCUGAUGAACACACUGUUCCAAUAGCAGCAGAUUUAGUGACAAGUUCUCGAAUCCAGAAAAAUCCUGUGCUUCAACAACUUGCCAGCUUGGGAUACAGUUCUGUGGUGAAUAGAUACUGUUCUCAGACUUCAGCUUGUCCUAAAGAAGCUCUCCAGCCCAUCCAUGACCUGGCAGAUGAAGCAAUCAGCAGGGGCCGUGAGGACAAAAUGAAAUUAGCUCUGAAGUGCAUUGGCAACAUGGGAGAACCAGCCAGCAUCAAGCGCAUCCUCAAGUUCCUUCCCAUAUUUUCAUCCAGUGCUUCUGAUAUCCCCAUCCACAUUCAGAUUGAUGCCAUAAUGGCCUUGAGAAAAAUUGCUUGGAAGGACUGCAAAACAGUGCAGGGAUAUCUCAUCCAGAUCCUCGCUGACGAGUCGCUUUCCCCCGAAGUGCGGAUGAUGGCUUGUGCUGUUAUCUUUGAGACAAGGCCUGCCCUUCCCUUGAUAACAACCAUUGCCAACGUGGCCAUGAAGGAGAGCAAUUUGCAAGUGGCCAGUUUUGUGUAUUCCCACAUGAAGGCUUUGUCCAAGAGCAGGUUGCCAUACACAUACAACAUAUCUUCAGCUUGCAAUAUUGCCCUUAAGCUGCUGGCCCCCAAAUUGGACAGGCUGAGCUAUCGCUACAGCAAGGUCAUACGCAUCGGUGGUUACUUCGAAAACUAUAAAGUUGGUGCUGCUGGAGAUGUCCUCAUUAUAAACAGCCCAGGAACGAUGUUCCCAUCAGCAAUAAUUUCCAAGCUGAUGGCAUAUUCUGCAGGGUCAGUGGCUGAUUUGGUGGAGGCUGGUGUCCGCGUGGAAGGGCUCACAGAUGUCAUCGUGAAACGAAAUAUCCCAUUUGCUGAAUAUUCCACAUACAAAAAGAUAAAGGAGAUUGGAAAAGCUCUGCUGGGAUGGAAGGAGCUGCCAACAGAAACCCCCUUGAUCUCAGCCUACUUUAAACUCUUUGGCCAAGAGCUGGCCUACAUCAAUGUCAAUAAGGAAGUCCUACAACAGGCUGUGAAGGCUGUCCUGGAGCCGGCCGACAGGAGCGCGGUGCUGAAGAAGCUGGCCGGGCAGCUGCGCAGCGGCACCGCGGCGCACUGGACACAGCCGCUGUGGCUGGGAGAGCUGCGCUACAUCGUCCCCUCCUGCACCGGGCUGCCCCUGGAGUACAGCUCCUACAGCACCGCCCUGGCCCGCGCCGCACUCAGCGUUGAUGGAAAGAUAGCUCCCCCUUUACCUGGAGAUUUUAGACCUUCACAGUUGCUCGAAUCCACUGUGCAGAUUCGUUCUGACAUAAACCCCAGCUUAUACAUACAGAAAUUUGCAACAAUGGGUGUCAACACAGAAUACUUCCAACAAGCUGUGGAAAUUCAAGGCAAGGUCCUGACAAGAGUGCCAAUAAAGUUUGAAGCCAAGAUAGACCUGAAGCAGAAAAAUAUUAAGAUUGAAACAAAUCCAUGCCGUGAGGAAACUGAGAUAGUGGUUGGAAGACAUAAGGCUUUUGCUGUAUCAAGGAAUUUAGGAGAGCUAGGUGUUGAAAAGAGAACUCCAAUUCUCCCAGGAGAUGCUUCAUCAAAUAUUGUCGAAGAACCUUUCAAACCAUCAGGUAGAGCUUCCAGUGAAGAUUUCACAAAGCCGGAAGCUGACAGCACGUCAAGGAAACAUGCCUACAGCUCUCAAGAGGAUCUUCGCCAUGUCACGGCAAAAAAAGCUCAUAAACGAGACAUUUGUGUCAAGCUGCAGCACCUUGGCUGUCAGCUCUGCUUUUCCAGAAGGUCGCGAGAUGCCAGCUUCCUGAAAAACACCUAUUUGCACAGGCUCAUUGGAGAACACGAAGCUAAAAUUGUCUUGAUCCCAGUUGAAACAGAUGCUGAUCUUGACAAAAUCCAGCUGGAGAUUCAGGCAGGAUCCAAAGCAGCUUCCAAAAUAAUUAAUGAAGUAAACUCAGAGUCGGAGGAAGAGGGUGAAUCAACUCUGUAUGAGGACAUUCAAGCUAAACUGAAGAAGAUUCUAGGCAUUGAAAGUGUCUUCAAGAUCGCAAAUAAAACACGACACCAGAAGAAGCAACCUUCAAAGAAAGAAAAUACUGUGCUUACAGAGCUUGGGGCAGACCCCGAUAGAAAACAUCCCUCCAGCUCAUCUUCUGCCUCCUCAGCUGUCUCCUCUUCCUCAUCAUCUGCUGUAUCUCCUCGUCGUAAAGAGGCUGGUGAUGAAGAUGAGAAUAAGGACGAAGACCAAGCCAGAAAAAAAGAUGCAAGCAGCAAGAGCAGCAGCAGUAGUGGCAGGAGCAGCAAGAGUAGCAGCAGCAGCAGUGACAGAAGUAGCAAGAGCAGUAGCAGUGGUAAAGGCAGCAAGAGCAGCAGCAGCAGCAGUGGUAAAAGCAGCAAGAGUAGCAGCAGUAGCAGCAGAAGCAGCAAGAGCAGUAGCAGUAGUAGCAGUGGCAGCAGCAGUAGCAAGAGCAGUAGCAGCAGAAGUAGCAAGAGCAGUAGCAGCAGCAGCAGCAGUGACAGCAGUAGUAAGAGCAGUAGCAGCAGCAAAAGCAGCAGUAGCAGCAGCAAAAGCAGCAGUAGCAGCAGCAGCAAGUCAUCAAGCCAUCAUAGUCAUGGGCAUCACUCAAGGCAUGUGAAUGACAGCAGCAGCAGCAGCAGCGAGUCACUGAGCCACCAUAGCCAUGAACAUCAUUCCAAACAUCUGGAAGGUGGCAGCAGCAGUGCAUAUUCCAAAAUAUGGGAAGCUCAUGAGAUUUAUCAGUACCGCUUUAAAUCAGCACGCAAACAAGAGUUCCCAAAAAGAAAACUCGCAGAUGACCAAAUCAGCAGCUCACAUUCCUCUGCUAGAUCCAGUCAUGCCACAUCUCGAGCUUCAUGGCCGAAGUUUUUGGGAGAUGUUAAAACACCAGUAUUAGCAGUUUUCCUGCAUGGCAUCCGUGAUGAUAAGAAGGUAGGAGGCCUCCAGCUCGUGGUGUAUGCUGAUAUUGACUCCAUCAGGCCCCGGAUGCAGGUGUUUGUGUCAAACCUCACAGAUUCAAGCAAGUGGAAGCUCUGUGCUGAUGCUUCAGUCCACAAUGCUCACAAGGCAAAGGCCUACCUGAAAUGGGGACGCAAUUGCCAGGACUACAAGGUUUCAUCUGAGCUGGUAACUGGGCAGUUUGCUGCCCACCCUGCUGUACAAGUGAAACUGGAGUGGCCUAAAGUUCCUUCCAGUGUCAGAUCUGUAGCAGAAUGGUUUUACAAGUUUGUCCCUGGGGCUGCAUUUAUGCUGGGGUUCUCUGAAAAAACAGAGAAGAAUCCUUCUCGACAAGCCAGGGUGAUCGUGGCUCUAACUUCUCCAAGGACAUGUGAUGUUGUUGUCAAGCUUCCUGAUAUUACCCUCUAUGAAAAAGCCAUGAGGCUUCCCCUGUCACUUCCUGUAGGUCCAAAGAUAUCAACGUCAGAGGUGCAGCCUCCCACCUGGAAUGUCUUUGCUGAAGCCCCUUCUGCAGUGCUUGAGAAUUUGAAAGCUCAAUGCUCAGUUUCCUACAACAAGGUCACAACUUUUAAUGAAGUUCGGUUUAACUACACAAUGCCAGCAAACUGCUACCACAUCUUGGCUCAGGACUGCAGCUCUGACCUUAAGUUCCUGGUGAUGAUGAAGAAUGCAGAAGAAGCUGUGAACCUGAAAGCAAUCAACAUCAAGCUUGGCAAUCAUGAGAUCGACAUGCGCCCUGCCAGUGGACGGGUGAAGCUGCUGGUGGAUGGGGCUGAGAGCCCAACAAAUGUGUCACUGACAUCUGCUGGUGCUUCUCUGUGGAUCCACAGUGAAAAUCAAGGGCUUGUACUCCUGGCCCCAGCCUAUGGCAUUGAUAAACUGUACUUUGAUGGAUACACAUUCAGGAUCCAAGUUGCUUUAUGGAUGGCAGGGAAAAUGUGUGGACUGUGUGGAAAAUAUGAUGCAGAACGUGAGCAGGAAUAUCGGAUGCCAAACGGAUACAUAGCUAAAGAUGCAGUGAGCUUUGGGCACUCUUGGAUUUUGGAAGAAAGGCCUUGUAGAGGAGCCUGCAAGCUGCGGCACUCGCUGGUGAAGCUGGAGAGGCCGGUGCAGCUGGCCGGCGUGGAGUCCCGCUGCUACUCCACGGAGCCCGUGCUGCGCUGCACCAAGGGCUGCGCCCCGACCCGCACCGCCCCCGUCACCGUGGGCUUCCACUGCCUCCCUGCCGAUUCAGCCACCAGCCUGACAGAAAAGCAGACAAAGUUUGACCAGAAGUCAGAGGAUAUGCAGGACACUGUUGAUGCACACAUAGCAUGUUCUUGUGAGGAUAUAAACUGCAGCUCAUGAAGCUGUACCUUUGCAGCAUAGGAGAAAACAUAAAACUUUCAUGUUUUUAUUGUAUGGUGUAAAAAACCUUGUCUUAAGGAAUAAUAGAUACUAAAUUAAGUAUUCAAGGAUCUUGUAUGUGGAAUCUUUCCAAGUAAUUUAAAGUAUUAAACUUCAUUAUUGUAGAAACUGUUAU